AUGAGACAGAAGAAUUCUAUUGGCAAAUAUACAGAUGAUUUAUGGAGGAAGAUUGCAACAGAGACUGCUCUAGAGGUGCAGAUUCUUUUGGAAAAGUGGCAGCUUUUGCUCUUAGGGCUUAUUUUCCAGUAUAUUCAUGGGUUGGCAGCUCGAGGAGUUCACUAUUUACAUCGACCUGGACCUGUUCUCCAAGAUCUUGGGUUCAUGAUCCUUCCGGUUAGGCUGAGAUUGUUUUCAUUCAGUUUUCCAAAUGUUUAUGACAUGAUGUUCCGUCAAUUUCUUCUGCAGUGGACAUUUCACCCUUUCAUUUUCCACAGUAAACGCUUCUAUACAGUUCUAAUAUGGCGGAGGAUGCUGGCUUUUUUAGUUGCCUCACAAAUGUUACGGAUUGUUACAUUCUAUUCUACUCAACUUCCUGGGCCUAACUAUCACUGUCGUGAGGGUUCCGAACUUACCACAUUGCCCCCUCCUGAUAGCGUGUGGGAAUUGCUUCUAAUUAACUUUCCUCAAGGAGUCAUUUAUGGUUGUGGUGAUCUGAUAUUUUCAUCCCACAUGAUAUUCACUCUGGUGUUUGUGCGUUCUUACCUGGCUGUGUGCAGGUGUAUCAAGGCUCUUGCUUGGUUGAUGGCCAUUCUUCAAAGUCUGCUUAUAAUCGCUUCUCGCAAGCAUUACUCAGUUGAUGUUGUUGUUGCAUGGUAG